AACAUAUGUUCAUGCUUCGUUUUUUAAAAAAAAUCAUUAUUUUUCAUAUAUUUUACCUUUACUCUACACUGCUCCGUCCCUCCAUGUAAAACGGUCUGAUGGUUUCCGGGUUCCAUGAAGCCAGUCCCACAAAAAUGGCAAUGGGCUCAGAUUGGAUAGCUGCCCCAGUGUGUUGUGAUUCGCUAACCGCCUAGCGAAUCACAACACACUGUGUUUUUCGGUAACGUCACGCCCCUUACCUUUACCAGUAGUCAGUGCUUUGGGGGUAUUAGAAACAAUGGCGUCAAUAAAACCAUACCAAUUUGAGCCCGAAUCGGACCCAGAAAAUUUUGAUGAAGAUGAUGGAGCAUUUCCUGUUCAAGAACGGCUGUUAAAUGACGUUUCAGAAUGGUAUGUUUUUUAUUGUUGUUAUCUAAUACUUUUUUUAGAUACGCUGUUAUUUAAUUGUACUAAUUAUAAUAGUUGAUGUUGAAUUUAUAACAAUAAUAAGUGUUUGUCUAUUAACAAAAGUAUUCAAGAACCUUUUUUAUUUAAAAUAUAUAUAUAUAUUUUAUUAGGUGUACAUGUAAUAACUGUGCAAAAAUGCCAACUGAAGAGGAAAACAUCUGCUGCAAAGAAAUACAGAAGGUUGUAAAACGAAUGAUGGAGGUUCCAGACCCUCCUAAAUGUAUGGUUGAGCAUCCAGGUUUUGAACCAAACUGCUUAAAUCCGUAUACUUUGCAAAAUAUCAAUAAUAUUUACAGAGCCGACUAUGGACCAGUGAGACGCAGAAAUGAAGAGGAGCGCUUCCGUUAUCUGGCCUAUCGCAGCUUUGUCAGCUGGUGCUGGGGCUACCUAGGACGUAGUGUGAGGAUUGUCAUCCCCUCAUGUGUUGUUAACCGGAUCCGCCUACAGUUUCCUGAUCCAGCGGGACAGUAUGUUGGGUUCCGGCCACCCCUCGACUGA